CUUGGAGAAGCACAACGACCUCCAGGUCAAGACAUAACCACUAGUAAAGCUGUCUCGUCCUCUUCGUCUUUACAACAGAGCCUUUCAGCACCUACAACGUCUUCGGAUGUGGAGUCACCAGCGAUGCAAGUAAUGAACACUUUGGCCGCCAGCAUCCUACUUCACGCGACCAACCGGGUGGAAGCGCAUAUGGUCCAACUAGAACUCGAUGUCGCGCGUAUAGCGGACGAUGCUUUUUAUCAGAAACGACUGG